GAGAAGCACUUCUGUGAGACACGAACGCGAGUACACGGAAGGGUGGCUGAAGUCGCACGAUGUUUAUUGUUGAAGACCGUUUUGUUAAAGUCGUCUAACUGUAAUUGGCGCUGUCAUACUCCGUUGUUUCGAGAUCUUGUGACCUUGCCACUGGAGGAGUUAACGCAGUAGACCACACCCUGGCAUCAUGUCUAGCAAUGAUGAUAAGGUCAUCCCAGUGCGGGUUGCCCUAAGAUGUCGCCCUUUGGUGCCUAAAGAAGUCAACGAAGGAUGUCAGUGUUGCCUCACUUUUGUACCUGGGGAGCCUCAGGUGGUUGUGGGUGCAGAGAAGGCUUUCACAUAUGAUUACGUGUUUGAUCCAACUGCAGAGCAAGAGGAAGUUUUCAGCACUGCUGUGUCUCCCUUACUGUGUGGACUUUUCAAAGGCUACCAUGCAACAGUACUGGCUUAUGGACAAACUGGAUCAGGGAAGACCUUUUCCAUGGGAGGAACCUACACUUCAGCGCAAGAAAAUGAUCCCUCUGUUGGUGUUAUCCCACGAGUUGUCCAAAAUAUCUUUGCUGAAAAGGAGAGGAGAGAGGACUGUGAAUUCUGCCUUGCUGUCUCUUACUUGGAGAUCUACAAUGAAGAUGUCCUGGAUCUGCUGUGUACAGCGAAGGAUAAGCCUGCCAUUAGCAUUCGAGAAGACCCCAAAGAUGGAAUAAAGAUUGUGGGGUUGACUGAGAGGCAGGUGUUCUCUGCACAUGAGAUGGUCAGCUGUCUAGAGCUUGGCAAUUCUGUCCGCACCGUUGGCUCCACAGCCAUGAAUGCUGCAUCAUCGCGCUCACAUGCAAUCUUCACCAUCACGUUGGAGCAGCGCAGGAGUGGUGACAAAGUGGACUCUGUAAUAUCUAAAUUGCACCUUGUGGAUCUGGCAGGAUCUGAAAGGCAAAAGAAAACUAAAGCAGAGGGAGAUCGUUUGAAAGAAGGCAUCAGCAUCAACAGAGGCCUUCUCUCUUUGGGAAAUGUGAUCAGUGCCCUUGGAGAUGAAAGCAAGAAGAACACGUUUGUUCCGUACAGAGACUCGAAACUCACUCGACUGUUGCAGGACUCGUUGGGAGGAAACAGCCACACGUUAAUGAUAGCUUGCGUCAGCCCUGCAGACUCUAACAUGGAGGAAACCAUCAACACGCUGCGAUAUGCAGACAGAGCUCGUAAAAUCAAAAACAAACCUAUCAUUAAUGUUGACCCCAGAGCUGCAGAGGUGAACCGUUUGAAACAGCAGGUCCAGGAGUUGCAGGUGAUGCUGCUUCAUGCUCGUGGAGGUGUUGCACCUGUGCUUUCAGGGCAGGAGUCUGGAGAAAAUAUUAACAAGCUAGUGCAGAAGAACCGUGAUCUGCAGGAUGAGAACAACAAGCUGAGCAGAGAGCUGGGCGAAGCAGCUGGACAGACGGCCCUCAUGUUUGAGAAGAUAAUCAUGACCGAACAAGCAAAUGAGAAGUUACAAAGCAGACUUGAGCAACUGCGUCAACAUGCAGCAUGCACAGUUGAUCUGGAGAAGCUGUUGGAGGCUCUGGAGGACCAGGAGCUUAAGGAGAAUGUUGAAGUAAUGAAGAACCUGCAGGAUGUUAUUUUGGAGCUCAAGAAUGAGAGCGCUGGAAUUGCUGCCUCUAUUGAAGCGAUGACAGUGGCUGAAGAUGGAGUCGAAGGGAACGGCGAUUUGGACGCUUCUCCUGCGGCCAUCACUGCCGGGGCUGACAAGGACCCAUCCGACUCCUUUACAGCCAACCAUGCACUGCGCCAGGCCCAACUUUCAAAGGAGCUGAUUGAGCUCAACAAAGUGCUGCAUUUCAAGGAGGCUUUUGUGAAGAAAAUGUGCCAAAAUGACAGCCAGUUGGAGCCCAUGCAGUCUGAACAUCAGAAAAAUGUUCAGAGCCUCCAAUCGGCUGUAGAUGCACUGCAGAAAGAGAAAGAAACUCUUGUUCUGGCUCUUCAGUCUGCAAAGAAGGACACUAACCAGGCCAAGUUGAGCGAGCAAAGAAGAAAGAGGCUGCAAGAGCUGGAGAACCAGUUAGUGGACAUGAAGAAAAAGCUUGUGGAACAAUCUAAACUUCUCAAAGUCAAAGAGUCUUCUGUUCAGAAAGUUAGCAAACUGAUGCAGGAAAUUCAGGCCAUGAAGUCUCAGCGUGUUCAGCUCAUGAAGCAAAUGAGGGAGGAUUCUGAAAAGUUCAGACUGUGGAAGAAUAAGAAGGAUCGAGAGGUUUUACAGCUGAAAGAAAAGGACCGCAAACGUCAGUACGAGCUGAUGAAACUGGAGAGGGAUUUCCAAAAGCAGGCCAACACCCUGCGCAGGAAAACAGAAGAGGCUGCUGCAGCUAAUAAACGCCUGAAAGAUGCACUACAGAAGAGAAGUGAGGUUGCGGAGAAGCGCAAAGAUUCUCAGAACAGAGGGAUUGAAGGAGCCACAGCACGAAUGAAGUCUUGGCUGCUCAAUGAAGUGGAGGUGAUGGUAAGCACAGAGGAAGCUCAGCGCCACCUUAAUGACCUGCUAGAGGACAGAAAAGUCUUGGCCCAGGAGAUCAACCAUCUCAAACAACAAAUGGAGGCAGGGGAGCGACCGGCUGCUAAAAUCAGGCGCCGUACAUUGAUCAUCUCAGAGUUGGAGACCCAGGGGGCGCUUGAGACUCCACUGAGUAAACAGGUUGAGAACCUUGAGACAGAAAUGGGCCUCAGGAACGCGCAGAUUGCUGAUCUGCAGCAGAAGGUUCUGGUGGCUGACGGCGAGGGUCGCCUCAAACAGCGCAUUCACAGCAUCACCAGCAUUGUGGAUGCCAAGUCUGCCAUCCGGCUGUUGCUAUCUGAGCUGGUGUCAGCAAAGACGGCGAGUUCCAAGCUGGAGAGCGAACUUCAACAGGAAAAGGCAAACUCCCAAGAUGUGAGGAAGAUGUUGGCUGACGAGAGACACGUGAUGUCCACUAUGGAUGUGGAGCACCAGGAGCAGCUAGUGGAGCUGGAGCAGAGACAUCAGGAGAAGAUUCUGUACCUCCUGAAUCAGCUGCAGAACAAACCCAUAUGUGAAGAAUCGGACUCUCCAAAAGAGGAGGAAGCAAGUCAGAGAGAGAAGGAGCUUCUCCAGCGACUUAAAAUUCAGGAAGAGGAGCUGGAGAAGUUGCGUGAGUUGAGCGAGCAGAACCAGCAACUGGUGGAGCAGAACGAACAAUACAGACAGAAGUUCUCUCUGCUCCAUUUAGCAAGUGGAAAAAAGAUUCUUCUGCCUUCAACCAACAGUGAGAAGAGCCUAGAUGAUUCAUUUGACUAUGUUCCUCCCAAGCCAAAGGCCAAGCGCUUGACAACGGCGAAGGCACCCCUAAGCAUGGCCAUCAACAUGGAAGAGCUCAUGUCUCCCAGCGAGGACGACGAAGAGGAGGAGAGCGAGUGGCGUCCGGAGAAAAUAGAAAAAGGACGCAAAGCUCCAAAGAAGGCAAAAGCAACUGGGUGUGCGUGUAAAGGUCGCUGCAGCAACAAACUCUGCCGCUGUCGCAAAGGGAAGAUGGCGUGUGGGGAGAAUUGCCAGUGCGAUCACGAGAAAUGUCGAAAUAUGGAGGCUCAGGUCGAGGCGAACAAUGAUUCACAACAGACAGAAAAGACCGAGUCUUCAGUGGACCAGGCUCCAGUCAGUCCAGACAACGCUACCUUCUUCAAGCCGCCGUCCUGCACGCCAACCAAGAAGGUGCUACAAGAAAUUGGAGACAUGGGUCACACCACUGCUGAACGUUCCACUCCCCCAGAGGAAGAGGAGGAUUAUUUGGAUCAGGAUGAAGACAAGACAACCGUCAGCUUUCUGAAGAAAAAGAAAAGAAUUCUGACAAGUUUCCAGAACAGUUUUUUCUCUGGCUGCACUCCGAUCAGGGAAGAAUCCUAAGCCGGUGCGGCAGUUUCUGUAUGUUUGUCUGAACCGUUUGUCUCUUUUAUAUGUGGUUGAUUGUAACUUAGAUGUGGCUGUAGAGGAAGAUAGAGACUGUAAAGGCUGAGCUUGUGAUCUUCGCUCAUUUUCCUGCACAUUAAUGAUGUCAAUCUGAUUUUUUUUUUUUUUUUUUUUUUUUUUUUUUAGUUCUUACACUUGUUUUUAACACAUUUGUUUUUCCAUAUGAAGAAAUGUCAUUGCCGUCUUUAGUGGAUUAUUGAGAAAUAACUUAUUUCUUUCGUUGUAUAUGCAAUGAGUUUCAUCAGCCUUUUCAUGUUUUUGUUCAUGUAAAGUAGCAUGAGUA